ACUACCAACCAUCAACCAUCAACCAAGCCACGAAGGACGGUCCUCGCAGGUCCUCACGCAAUUGCCCAUCGCCCGACUAUUCAUAUUGUUCCCUUUAUUCAAUUCCUUUCGUCGAUUCAUUCACGCCUCUGUGCAAAACACGCUGUUGUUCUGGAGACCUGUUCUUAACGACGGGUCAAAUAUCACAUGUAUCCAGCCACCGAGGACAAUAUCACCAGCGAUCCCAGCUUUUCCUGACUCCAUCUGACUCGAUCCCACCUUCUAAUGAAUCAUGGACGGCUCCAAUCCGACAUCUGGCUUCGACAACCACGUCUGGAAUCAACUUCAACAAAUGUCUCACCAAUCCUCGCACCGAGGACGAGGUGGACGAGGUAACUGGGGCGGCCGAGGCCGAGGCAGGAAUCACCGUGGAUAUCCAUCCUCUCAUGGAAGUCAGACCUCCAUCAGCAAUCAGUCAUCGGUCCAGCAGCCACCCAAUACCGAAGACUUUCCACCACUCGGAAGCGCAUUGCCACUUCCGCCACGGAAUGCUCCUGCUCCUCAUUAUCAACAACACCAAGCGCCGGCCCAACCAUUUGACCAUAUUCGUCAUGGCACCCCAAGGGAGUAUCAGGAGCGCGCGAGAGGUAAUUACCGGGGACAUGAAGGGCGCUUCGGUCAUCAACCACACGUCCAACCGACACCACAGCCGGUCGCCAUGCCCCAGUAUCCUACUUAUGGACGACCACCACCCCGUAAUACUUAUCUGUACCAUCCAAAUGCCGAAUUGCACUAUGGUACCGCUGAGCAACAACGAAAUAUGAGACAUGUGAUGAUGAGGCAAUCCGACUAUCUCAAUGCUGUUGGCCGGAGAGCCAACGAAGCGCAUCGACUCACCCGCGAAGAGUCAUUGACCAAGGAAAACUUCCGUCAAGACUUAGAAAAUGUUGCAAAAGAGGCUCUUAGUGCGAAAUAUCCCGAGCUUGAUGUGGAACAAGUCAAAUUGAAGUGCUAUGGUAGCCUUGCCAACGGCUUUGCUUUGGCAAAUUGUGAUAUGGAUCUUCUUCUUUCCUUGCCGAGCCAUCAAGAGACCGUGAAAAAGACGAAGUCCUCAGAGGACCAGGCUGAAGCCGCCGAGGACCCAGAUUCAGAUGAGGACGAGGAACGCACCUUUAAUGUCGAGGUUCGCCGUGUCUUGGAAAAGGCCUUCCUUGACAAGGCAUAUGGAGCACGCCUUCUCACCAAUACUCGUGUUCCAAUUCUGCGGAUCUGCGAGCGUCCGUCCCCCGAGCUGCUGCACAAUCUCCGAGACCACCGUGCCGCGUGGGAAAAGUCAUUGUUCCAGUCUGUAGACGAGGCAUCAACUGCGCCAUGUUCGAAUGACAACCCCAGUCAAGUGGUCGCUAAAUCAAAUGGUCAAACGCACGAAGAUGCAAACUCCCGUGGAAUGGACGCGCCCGACCAGGCGAAUGUGGAAUCCGCCAAAGGACUACCCUCUACCGACCUGGAGACAAUAGACCAGUCAAGUGCUCGACAGCUGGAUAAACAAGCCCUUGGAGGCGCGCUGGCGAUCGACUCUUUCGGUCUCCAAGAUACUGACGAACCAACCUCUACAGUUAUGGAGGAAGUUGAUCAGGCCAUGGCUGAUCUGACAGUGAAAGAUUUAUUCACUCCCAACCCAGCCACACGUGGCAAUCCAAAUCUAGACUUCGUGGGAGACUGCGGUAUCCAAUGCGACAUCAACUUCACCAACUUUGUUGCCCUGCACAAUUCGGCCUUGCUUCGACUAUACCAAGGCUUCGAUCCUCGCGUGGGAGAAGUGGGUACUUUCGUCAAGAUCUGGGCUAAAGCGAGAGACAUCAACACUCCGUACCGUGGCACACUGUCUAGCUACGGCUACAUAAUGAUGGUGCUCCAUUUCUUGAUGAACAUUGCUUCGCCACCAGUCAUUCCGAAUUUGCAGUACCUAGCGAAGAUCGAGGAUGGUUGGCAUCCAGACAGGGAGAUCCCGCUAUUCGACGGAUUCGACAUCAGAUUUGUCAGUCGGCCUGCGGAGAUCCAGGAGUUGCAAAAAGACAUGGCCAGAAACAAGAACAAAGAGACUACGGCCCAGCUCCUCCGAGGCUUCUUCCGUUAUUACGCGACGCGUGAGGGCUUUUUCUGGACUCGCGACGCCAUCUCUAUCCGACAAAAAGGAGGCAUCGUGCCCAAAGCCGAAAAGGGCUGGACUGAGGCAAAGUGGGCCGAAUCGAAGAACAAAAACGUUCGACUGCGGUAUCUGCUUGCCAUCGAGGAUCCCUUUGAGGUUGAGCAUAAUGUUGCACGAACAGUUGGCCAUCAUGGUCUUGUUUCGAUUAGAGACGAGUUCCGUCGAGCAUGGUCCCUGGUCGAGAGAGUCGGUGCCGGUGAGCAGAUUCCAGUGGAAGCAUUCCUCGAGCCUGUCAUCGAUCGCAUCGACACCUUGAGAAAAGACCAAGACUUCCAUAGGCAGAAGCAACUGCAGAUGAAGCGGGAACUCGAGGCCAAGGAGAAGUUGUUAGUUCAGAAAAAGGACGAUGAGGAUUCAGAAUCUCACACUGAUGGUACGUUGGGGAAUUCUAUUCAGGGGAGAGCCCAAGCCCUUUCCUCUCUAAACAGCCAACACCUAAAUUCGAAUCCGAAACUGACCUCCGCGCACUCGCAUCAGGGCAAGAACAAGUACAAGAACAAUCGGCAGCCGUCGGAGAGCUGGAGACGCAGGAAGGUCUCAGCCGACAGUGACUGCGAGGAUGAACCCGACAAUAAUCGACCAGAGGACAAAAUCGACCACUCAGCAGAAGACCCAAAUCCUUCGGCUGAUGCCGACUCAGACAAGCCAGAGUCCAAAGGGAAGAAUAAGCCCGAUGCGUACUUGUGCUCGAGGACGGAUGUACUGCUGGCCAAUGGUCGCGAUCAGUGGGGAAAUCCGGUACCGUGGGAUAUCGACACUCAGGAAGGACGAUGGCUGCAUUGGAGGGACAAAAAAAUCAAGAAGGGUACUAUUCGCGAAUUUUCCAACCCGACUCUGCGCGAAUUAGACGAACAGUGCCCAUUCGAUGCUGAGCGACCGACGCCAUACUCGAGUAAACCAUACAAUUCUCAUGUCGAAAGAGCGAAAGCUGACAGACCACCCUGGCCUGCGAAUCGCGAUGACGAUCACUCAUCUCACUCCGCUGUCAAGGCCGACGAUGGUGUCAUCAAGAGUACACCGUCCAUUCCACAAUCAAGUGAGCGAGGCGAGCAGACUGUCACUGACGCAAACCCAAAUCAAGGGCAUCCUCUUGGGGUACCGCAUAGUCGACAAGAUGACGUUGUAGGCAAAGUGAUACCGUGGGACAAAACCACUCGCGGUGGUCAAUGGCUCCAAUUUCGCGAUCGCUGCGUUCGUAAAGGAGAUUGGAAGUAUCAUCAGCAUUCUCGCUUCACGCAGUUGAGCAAUGAGUUCCCUUACGAUGAUCUCAUGACGUGGGCGGAACUGGAAGAAAAGAACAAGGUGUUGCGCAAAUACUACUGCCACUCCGUCUACCGCAACGAAGUACCUGAGAACUCCGUGUCGGGUGCGACGGAGAAGCCUACCGCAACUCAGACCAAUCACGUAUCUUUAGUCACUCCUGAUUCGGCAACAGCACAAUCUCAGGGUAUCGAUCACAAUGUGGAUUUGGUACCGGACAGCAAAACUAGCAGCCCCGAUCAGGAAGCUCUUCGAGCCAGGCGACUGGCCUUUUUUGCAAAGCAGUUCACAGGCUCCGAGAGUGACGCUGGGUCAAACGCCAAUACUCUAUUCUCUGGACAUGCAGCUCACAGUGCCUCGAAUGAGGUGGAAAAAGAAUCUAUCGCGCCUGCUUAUGGUUGUCCCAUUGCUGUCCAACCAACCUCACGGGAAAGCGGCUUCGCGGACAGCACUCAAUGGAAUGGGGCCGUCACGGCUGUUAAGCUUGAAGAAGUGGUAGACGACGAUUCCAAGUCGUUCCACUCUGCCAAUGGUCUUCAAGAGGACGAUUUUACAGAAGAUCAAGGUUCUCGCGAUGAGACACCUGACCUACAAGUUCCUGGGACCCUGUAUCCGGACAUGGACCGGAGCCAGCGACCAAGAGACGAUGAUCCUGACAUUAUGCCUAUUCCGCGCACAUACGGCUUUCAAUUCGACCCGCGGCAACUGCAGGAUCUUGCCAUCAUUGCUAAAGGAGGCAAUGGGUGUGCCAGAGAAGGAGCACAGUUCAACAUCGAAGACGAAUAUGAAUGGGGUGGCGGAGGUGCGAUGGGAUGGCGGACGAGUACAGGGCCUCAAUGUGUUCGCAUCAGUAGCGGUACACCAUAUCUGCCUGGGCAAGGUGACGAGGAAGGACUGCUCAAUGAGUUGCCAGGGGACCUCGACUGAAUGCAGCUGACCUGGAAUGUGGGUUCUCUGAGGGCUGCUGUUGUUUUGCGUGUGCUGGAUAGACUCCAAGGAUCGUAUUAUUCUGCAUUGUCGACAGCUGGCUCUUUUUUGUCCACGACGCUUUCGACAGGCCCAUUUCCUGGACACCCGCAGACUUUGCGUCUAGAUACCUUAGACAGUAUCCUCGCUCACUCACAGUCAGAAGUGAUGACGAGCAAAAUGCAUCCUUAGCAC